CGAUCAGCUCCAGAUCAUAUAACUUUUUGUAUAUGGAUUACACUGACAAGUUUAAAUAGCUUAUGUAUUUUUGCUUACACAUAAAUUUAAACUUAUGUGAAUUCCAGUCAUUUUAUUUUAAUGAGAUUGACUAAAGAAAUAUAAAAUAUGAAAAAAUAAAGCAAGCAAGCCAACAUAAAUCCAUAAAUUAAGACAAAGUCAUUCCGUUCACUGGUUCCAUUUGCCACGGCACCUUCUUUUAAUGCAGUGCAGCUCGUUAUUAGGGCCAGCACUAAGUGACUGACCGAUCUGGUAGGUCUCAAGCUCUAGUGUGCUGUAUACUCCCCAGUGUGCUGUGGACCACUUGCUUCCUGUGGACACACACCCUUCUGCUUUCCCUUCUGCAAAGCCUUCUGCUUUGGUGUCCACAAUCACUUGGGUACAUUAGAUAGGCCCUAUAUAUUUUUUCUUCCAUUUUCAUGUUAAAUCGUUUUCUUUUCGCUUCACUUAAUUCACAUCUGAUUCACCUUUUCCAUAAUUUGGCUCCAGAUUUUGGCCUUUCAGGUGCUGUUCCUGUGUUGAAUAAUAUUUUUUUAUUGGCACAGAUACGAGUUAAAAUAAAUUUUCCGUCUACCUCUGAGAAAGUCUGUUUUUGCCUUUCACUCAUCAUUUCAGCUGUGCGAGCUUUGCCUUUUGUGGAGUUUUGUGGGUGUCACUAAAUGCCAGUCAGUUGGGCCGUGCACAUGCCCAGUAAUUUACCGGUGAUUACUGUUCAUCAAUGUAUGUAUGUCAAUGUGCAGAAAAUCAGUGUUUCUGAAACUUUUGUAAAUUCCCCCAUUUUCUCCCCAAUUUGGUCACCUGCCAGUGCCACCCACCAGCCAUCUCUCUCCUAUCAUUUAAUUUUAUGGCAUUUGGCAGAUGGCCUUAACCUGAGAGACUUACAUUUAGUUUUUACAACUAAGCAGUUGAGGGUUAAGGGGCUUGGUCUAGGGCCCAGGAGUGACAGCCUGGGAACUCACAAUCUUCCAAAUGGAAGUCCAAUGUCUUAUCCACUGAGCUACCGAUAACUACCAACCAGGGAGGAUGAAGGCUAACACGUGCUUCCUCCGAGACACACGAAGCCAGUCAACUCUCAUCUUUUCAAACUGUUGCAUGUGCUGCAUCACAGGGCAGUGUAACACAUAUGGAGGAAAGUGCUAACUGCUCUCUUUCACAUGUAUGAGCUCACAGAUGCCCAUGAUUGGCUAGUGUCACUGAUUGGCAGGGGAGAGAGAGUAUGCCAUCCCUCGCACCCAGAGAGCAUGGACUGUUUUGCUCUUGGCUCCUGGCCAGGGAUCAGGAUGUUCUUUUAACCUGAAGAAACCAAUGCACACAGGAAAGACAUGUAAAACUCCACAUAGGCACUAACCAGAACUCAAAGUUGAGUCUGGAGCUGAAAUAUAAAUCGAGAAGUAAGACUUUGGACUCCUUGGUUUUGCUGUAUUGAAAAUCGCAUCAUAUCAAAUCUAAUCAUUACGCUACUACACCAUAUUUAAGCAUGCAUUUCUGCAAACUGUUGCAGUCGUAAUACUUUGUUUAGGCAUAGGGACGACAGCAUGCCUGGGUCUGAAGGAUUUACAGAGGUGCUGCUUCAGCUGUCCUGACCCCAGCAGCUGUGCGAGGGGCUCAGAUCAGGAAGGGGAUCAAUGUCCUCAUUCAGAUCAACAUUUGGCACCCCCCAUGCUCCUGUCCCAGUUGUCCUGUGUGGCAUCCCCUAUGCUACACACACACACACUCACACAAGACAUAUGCUGGCCAGCACACUCGCUCGGCACACGUCAUGCCCCGUGCAGUUCAAGUGUUUGAUCAGCCAUUAUAGACAAGCCCUCUUAGCAGGGCAUAUAACUGUAAGGUUGAGCCUUUGGAAAUGGCUAAUGCCUAUACAGGAAUGUGUUUUAUGAUCUUUGGCCUUUGGGCUGUGAUGCUGAUGUCAUUCAUCCUUCUUUGAUCAUAAAAUAUUCCAUUAGUUUGUUCUGUGAGCAUGUUCAUUAUCCUUUCCCUGUUAGCUCUUCAAUUAUUUUCCAUUUUAAUCCCUCCAGAGGAUUUUCUUUCCAUACGGAAGGUCCUUUUAGCUUGGCUGCAGAUGGUGUUAAUAAUUGAGAAUCCUGUUCUAGUAAAUGUUGGCUAAUGUUCUAAGGGCCUGGAGAUUACAGGAAAAUGGAUGCUUUAAUAAGAGGGGACCUCUUAACUUCUUGGUUAAUCAUGAGCAAAUUCACAAGCCAUGUCUCCUUUCACUGAACUUCUCAUUCUCUCUCAUGAUCACACUUCACACUCACUUUCUUUCUCUUUUUCUUGCUCUCCUUUUCCCCUCUCGCUUUAUCACAAGAGGUUGUGUGUUAGGAGAAAUGUAUACAUCUGCCAUGGGCAAGAGUUGACCCCCACCAGUCUGUGAAAUGCACUGCCCCCUUACACACACUUUCCCUCAAGAGAUCUCCAGCAAGACCCUCCAUAUGAGCUCAGUUCCCUUCAUUUCUCACAGUCUUGCUCACACGUGUUUGCGCUGGAGCAGCCACCAUGUGUCCGUCGUGGUUUAGCUUUCAAGGAGCUGUCUUGGAAAUUCUGAGGUCUGAGCCACAUCAAAGACCAGCGUGGAGGCUCAAAAAGCCUCAGUGAAAAGUGGGUUAUUUCUUGUCUGAGAGGGGUCUGUGUCUGCAGUGAGCCUCCUGGACCACAGCCUGGUGCGUCAGGCUUCAAACGAUCUGUGGAUUGCCUUUGGACUUUAAUGGGACCAUGUACUGGGAGCUGUGGCUGAGUCAGGUGAAGGGGAGAGGAAUUCAUUACGUGCUUCUCCGAAACAAAGAAGCCCUGCAUAGGCCGUUUGGAUUGGACUCAUCGGCUCUGACUGAGGCGGUGCGUUGGAGCUCAAAGGAGAAUCUCCUGGGUGCUGCUGAGAGUGACCCCAACCUGUUUGUCGCACUUUACGACUUUGUGGCCAGUGGUGACAACACGCUGAGCAUCACGAAAGGAGAGAAGCUCAGGGUGCUGGGCUACAAUCAGAAUGGCGAGUGGAGUGAGGUUCGCUCUAAGAACGGUCAAGGCUGGGUUCCCAGUAACUACAUCACACCGGUGAACAGUCUGGAGAAGCAUAGCUGGUAUCAUGGACCCGUGUCUCGCAGUGCAGCCGAGUAUCUACUCAGUAGCCUCAUCAACGGCAGCUUCCUGGUAAGGGAGAGUGAGAGCAGCCCGGGCCAGCUCUCUAUUUCACUGCGCUACGAGGGCCGAGUCUACCACUACCGCAUCAACACUGCCUCUGAUGGAAAGGUCUACGUAACCUCUGAGAGCAGGUUCAGCACAUUAGCCGAGCUGGUCCAUCAUCAUUCCACUGUAGCAGACGGUUUGGUGACAACGCUGCACUACCCAGCCCCGAAAUGCAACAAGCCCACUGUCUACGGGGUCUCGCCCAUCCACGACAAGUGGGAGAUGGAGCGCACCGAUAUCACCAUGAAGCACAAGCUAGGAGGAGGCCAAUAUGGCGAGGUCUAUGUGGGUGUGUGGAAGAAAUACAACCUCACUGUUGCUGUCAAAACACUCAAGGAAGACACUAUGGAAGUGGAGGAAUUUCUGAAAGAGGCUGCCGUCAUGAAAGAGGUGAAACACCCCAAUCUAGUGCAGCUGCUUGGUGUGUGCACACUGGAGCCUCCGUUCUACAUAGUGACGGAGUACAUGCCUCAUGGCAAUCUGCUGGACUACCUCCGCGAGUGUGACCGUGAGGAGGUGAAUGCUGUUGUGCUGCUCUACAUGGCUACUCAGAUCUCCUCUGCCAUGGAAUACCUGGAAAAGAAGAACUUUAUUCACAGGGACCUGGCUGCACGAAACUGUCUAGUAGGGGAGAACCAUGUGGUAAAGGUGGCUGAUUUUGGCUUGAGUCGGCUGAUGACAGGAGACACAUACACAGCUCAUGCUGGCGCCAAGUUCCCCAUCAAGUGGACCGCACCGGAGAGCCUGGCCUACAACACCUUUUCCAUCAAAUCAGACGUCUGGGCAUUUGGAGUGCUUCUUUGGGAGAUUGCGACCUAUGGUAUGUCUCCAUACCCUGGUAUUGACCUGUCUCAGGUUUAUGACCUGCUGGAGAAGGGCUACCGCAUGGAACAGCCAGAAGGCUGUCCUCCGAAAGUCUACGAACUCAUGAGAGCAUGUUGGCAGUGGAGCCCACUGGACAGGCCCUCAUUUGCAGAGAUCCAUCAGGCCUUUGAGACAAUGUUCCAUGACUCCAGCAUAUCAGAAGAAGUGGCAGAAGAACUGUGUAAGACUGCCUCUUGUGGUAAGGGUGGGGUAGUGCACUCGUUCAGUCACGAUCAGCCCCUUGUGCCCUCCAAGUCACGGCCGCAGAAGAAGCAUUCAGACAAUAAGGAGAACAUGGAGGGGCUUGAGAGUCGGCAUGAGCCUGGAUCUCACGGUCCUUCAGCCUCUCUUCUGGUAGGUGAUGGUCGUUCCAGCAGCUCUCCUGCUCUGCCCCGGAAGCAGAGAGACAAAUCUUCUGGUGGCCUGCUUGAUGACUCAUUGGAUGCCACCUUUACUCGUGACCGCAAAGCUGGCUUCUUCAGCUCCUUCAUGAAGAAGAAAUCAUCAACAACCGCUUCCACCUCUCAGCCUCAGCACAACCUCCCCAUGACCCCCAGCAGCUCCUUUCGUGAGAUGGAGACACAGCCUCACAAGAAGUAUGAGCCCACAACUGCUUUUGGUGGUCCUCCUCCUCCACUGCCUCAGACUGAUGGCCUUGGCUUCUCUCCGUCUCAUGGAGAAAGUAACCAUGUUCAGUCACGGUGCUGCGGAGCCACUUUUGGGCAGAAGCUCUCUGGGUCAAACUCUUCCACCUCUAACCAAGUUGGCAGCAGCAGUAGCUGGGCAGGACUUGCAGGCUUCUUCACACCACGCCUUAUCAAAAAGACCCUUGGGUUGCGAACUGGGAAGUCUUCUGGGAGUGAUGAAGGGGGUGGGGGAGCCAGGCCCUUUCCUCGUUCAAAUUCAACGUCCUCCAUGUCAGCUGGGCUGCCAGAUUUGGAGCGCAUGGCGCUAACAUUACCCAGGAACCGUAGCAAGCCACCAUUGGAACGCACAGUGUCCACCACUUCACAGCCAGAGAAUGGUGCCCCGCGACCCUCAGAUGCUCUGCCCAGAAAGCUGGAUGAGGGCACAGCGCAGAUCCGGGACAGACCCAAAGCUAAACUACUGCCACGUGCGGUAUCAGUGGGCACAGGAGCGGCUAGGGCACCAGGGGUUGGGGGCGAGGCCGAGUCUGAUGCGCAUACUCAGGGUAGAGUGGGGCAGGAUGACAGAGCAGCCUGGUCUUCUCCGUCUAAAACGUUAGUUGGCCCACACAAUCAUAAAGUCCCAGUCCUGAUCUCUCCGACGUUGAAGUCUGGCACAGCUGAUGCACACCUGGUUGGUGUAGACUCACAGGGCAACCGCUUCAAACUGCUGGCCGACAGUGGCAGUGAUAGGCCACGACUGAUCAAGCCCAAGUGUGCCCCACCUCCUCCACCCACACUGCGCUCUCUCCAACACAGUUAUAGCACAGAUGGUGCUGACGAGGCGACUAACAUGGGCCCAGAGGUCAAUGGAGAUGGGGUUAAAAGGUCGGGGAGAGGGUCAGGAGGAGCUCGACCAUGCAUACCGCCACCACAAGCACCUCCAGCACCUGCUGCUUCUUCUGGUAAUGCAACAACAAGCAAGAUAGCCAAUGGUGGCACUACCUCUGCUUCCUCAAAGCUGACGCUGAGACGGACCCGGCAGCAGGUGGAACGUAUACCACUGGAAAAAGUCAGUAAAGAAGCUCUGCUGGAGUGUGCUGAGUGCCUGAGCCUUGCGCUCCACAGCAGUACAGAGCCAUGCUCCAGCAGCCAAGUCUUGGAUGCUGGUCACCAGUUACUCGACUACUGUUCAGGCUAUGUAGACUGCAUCCCACAAACGCGUAACAAGUUCGCCUUCCGUGAAGCUUUGGGGAAGCUGGAACUCAGCCUCCAGGAACUGCGGGCUUCUUCUACGGGUGGAGGAGGGGGACUAGGUGGAAGUGGGACAAGUCCCGCUUUGGACAACUUGCACUCUUGCAUUAAAGAGAUCAGCGAUGUGGUGCAAAGGUAGUUGGUGGAGUCACAUAAAACACCACUACCCUAAUAGGACUUUUUACAAGUUUUUAAGUAUUGUUUUGUAAAUGAUUUGGGACAGAGGAUAUUCUCUCAAAAGUACCUCAGUAUAAAUCACUACAAAUGGUCUCUCCCCCUCUGUCAUUGUUUACAGUGGACUUUGAAAUCGCCAGUUGGAAACAGAGCUCUAAACUUGUAAAUAAGCUUGUUGUCCAAAAGAAAUCACGUACAGUGUCUUUUGCCCAGGUUUGGCUACUUAUUUUGUGAUCAAAAGAGCCUACAUUUUAAAGUAAUAGAGACUAAUCAAUACCCAUGACCCAGUCGUUUGACAAAUUUAUAUGAUGAUUAUUACACGGUUUACUUCUACUCAUAAUAACUGGAUGUGUGAUUGUGUCUGAAUGCACAACAAACCCAUCACCAUAGAAAUAGAUCAAGCAUGUCCUGGUUGGGCUCUGCACACACUGUUCAAUAUUAGCAGUACUGAGCCUUCGGCACGAAGGAUACGCCAUGCAGUCACUGUCACCUCUGAUUGAUUUCAUACAUCCAUGUAUAGACAUUUCAGCAUUUGAUGAAAGGUCAUGGUUCUGUAGCAGUGUAGGCUAAUGCCAUUCUCUGUAUGUCCAUUUUUUGAGGGCAUAGUGCUAUUUACUUGUGGGAAAGGAGUAUGGUCAACACUGAAUAUAGAGCAUCAUGUCUGUUCAUUAGUGUGUUUUAUGUAAGUGACCUUUCAAGAUUGUUCUUCUGCGUCAGAAUUUAUAGCUAAUGUCAAAUUCAAGAUUCCAGUUAUUUGUCCACAGAAUUUGUCCAUAGAAUGAUUUUGUCAAAACACAGACUUCCAAGCCAACUAAACUCAAUGGCGACAAUCAUAAGAUGCAUGAUAAUAAUGGCAGAUAAUUCCAGCUGAUAUGUAAGUAUUUGAUAAAUAUGUGUAGCUGAUAUUUUUCGAUUUUGGAGCAGGAAACAUGCUAAAAUCUAACAACAGAAAGAGUUCAUGGAUAAAGGAUAGUUUCAUAUCCAGUAAUUAUGCCAGAAUCUAACAAAUUAAAUAUGUCAAUGUUUUACUGGUAUUCCUAUAGAUAUGUGAAUAUUGAUUAUAGGCUAUGACUCAGAAUGUUUUCAGAGGUUACAAGCAGGUUUGGCACCUCGACACAACAGCUGAAUGUGUUGAUUUAGACAUGGAUGGGCUUUUGUUUGUCAGGAUGGGGCACAAGUUUGGACACUGUGGUUUCCCACUGUGACUAUAGACACUCACUGCAGAACAGCAACUUUACUGCAAUAUUGCUAGAUAUAAGUGACACAGCAAACUGCCAUUUCUAUAGCACAUUGAUUUGUACUUUUUUUUUUUUUUUUUUUUUUUACAUUAGAAUGUCUUCUAAACUUGAAUUUUAAAUUAUUUCUUAUUAAAAGCACAGGAAUUUUUGUUAUAGUAAAUAAAUAUUUGUUCAUUAUGUCCUACAAGAAACAUUAAAGACCAUCUUUAUGUAGCUUUGAGUGGUUGCCUGAUCAGAAGGAUAUUAUUCCUUAUAGAAAAUAUUGAAAUGAAACGAAGGUCUCCAUCUGAGCAUCUACAACAUGAAUGUAUUCAUCUUGUGAAACGUUGCAUGAUUUCAUACGGCUUGACCAGACUCCAAAACAUUAAAAUAGGGUGCAAUUUCCUUUUUCUUUCCUUUUAUUUGAAGCCUUGUAAUGUCAUUAAAGUGAUGAUAUACUUUUUACACUGGAUGCCAUUUUAAAGCAUAGAUGUUGAUGGGCUUGCCUUAAAUCAUCUAUGCGAUGUAAUAUGGAAAUGUUAUUGUCUGUACCGUUCAUCUCAAAUUCAUUUUGAUUCCUCUCAACCAGAACAGAAUGUACAUCCUGUGCGUACGUUUAGGGAGCAGUUUUUGGUUUUCAUCAGAUGACGCUUGGUGGUCUUCUCCACCAUAAGCCAUUUCCGCAGUUUCAUGGUGCCUUUUUGUGAGAGAUUUCGUAGUUACGAUACAAAAAUGCAUUGGGAGGAUGCAAAUGGGGAGCAGUUACUCUUUUAAAUGUAAAAUAAUGCUUGACUCAUCAGUAGAUGUGUAAUGAUGUGCAAUGUUUUGUCCUGUAGCAGUGAAAAAGGCAGGGCUUUUAAGACCAUUUUAAUUUUGCUGAUGAGAUCAUUCAUUGGUUAUAUCUUGCUGGGGUUUCUUCACUCUGACUAAAUCCUCACACAUUUUUAUUCCUUACUCUGGAUAAAAAUUUAAAGAUAGCUACACUAUAAAGAGAUGUUCAGAUUUAUUCAAACAGCAGGAAAUCUACUUAUUUGACAGUUGCAUAGCUUUGGGGAGGAGGUUUUAGAAGAAAGGUUUAAAAGGUUAACCCGAAUUCAAGUGAUUUUCAGGGAAUAUUUUUGUGAUAGGAGAAUUUGAAAUGGCAAAGUGCUUAUGGUUCAUUGUCACUGUUGAAUUGCAGAUUGAUUUAAUUUGCCCAGUUAAUAACAUACAGUAGUGCAUCAUCGUGCAGUUCAUUGGGGUUGCCUUUCUGUAAUUUGGCCUUUUGUUUAGUUUGGUAUGUUCAUUAUGUAUGUACCGUAUGAGUAGGCAACUAGGCAAACCUGUGAAGUGGAGAUGCGAUUAAACAGAAUUUCCUGUUCCUGCUUGCUGGUCUAUGUUCAAAGCCAUCUUACACACACACACGUGUUUUGCGAGUGCAUUCAAUACAACAGUACAACUUUAUUAGCCCUUUUUCACUCUGCAUUUUUAUUUUGACACUGUCUUUUAAUUUAUUUUUGGUUUUAUUUAUGUAUUUUCUAAGAGAUAUUGAAUCCUGGAAAUAACAUGUUCUUUUUUAUGAAGAGGUUUCGAGUUAUGUAGAUUUUUUUUUAAUGUAAAACUUCAUUUAUAUACCAAAGGCCACCUCUGCAGUCCUUCAAGUGCAAUGACAAAUGGAACACUCUUAAUUUUAAAUAUGUGAAUUUUAAGGGGGAUUUAAAAAGGGCAGAGGUUGACAGAAUAACAGUAUUUUUUCUGUUAUGUAAAAAGUAUAUUUUGUGUGAUUCUAAUUUAAAGCUCACUUUUAAUAGCAUAUUACUGUGAAGUGCUCCCUCAGUGUUACACUUGAUGUAAAUAAUAAUUAAAAAGGGUUGAAGCUUA